AUGAGUGGGUGCUAUAUUUUAAAGACCUAUCUUAUAAAGAUCUUAACAGUUUAUUGGAAGGAGAAGUUAAGAUUUGAUUUUAUUCAAUCAUUUCAGGAAGACUGUCCUGAUAAUCUAAAGACUCUGAUAAGUGAAAUAACAAAACUAAAACCAAAUGUUAACACAUAUUCUGAAAAGUGCAAUCCUAAAUUGGUACAUAAUUCUGGGUUGAGCAGAAAAAAACUCCAUGAGAUUGUAUCACUUGCUCCAUUGAUUGAUAAUAUUUGUAGACAAAAUGACACUGAUAUUGUUAUAGAUAUUGGUGCAGAUUUGGGUUACCUUUCCCAUCUUUUACAUGAUAACUAUAAAUAUUCUGUUCUGGGGAUAGAAUGCUCUUCCCAGUACAUCAACAUGGGGUACAAAAAUCAGAAUAAAUUUUACCCAAACUCUAAAGGGCAUGUUAAGUUUGCACAACAUUAUAUAGAUGAGAAUUCAGGCAACGAAAUAGCCGCUUUACUGGAAGAAUAUUUCCCAAACGGUUCCCAAAAAUCCGUUUGCAUAGCGGGCCUCCACGCUUGUGCGGAUUUGAGCAUAACCAUUUUAGAUUUAUUCUCGAAAUUGGAAUUUGUUAAAUGUCUAGUAAUUAUGCCGUGCUGCUACCACAGAAUACAGUUGGAAAAUUGUACCGAAGAGAAUGAAUACUUCAGAAACUUCCCAGCGAGUCAAUUAUUUAAGGAUAUGUUUAAAGAGUUCAAGGCACAGUGUUUUAUAACAAGACCGUUUCUGAGGCUGGCAUGUCAACAGACUAUGGAGGCUUUUAAGAAUAUGACUACCGAAGAUCACGAGCGACACUCUAGGAGUUGUAUGUAUCGAGCUAUACUUCAAGAGGUUGUUCAUUUAGAAAAUUGUCAAGUGAAACGUCUCAAAAGAAAAUCAGGUAAAAAUCGCAACUCAUCCAGUAAGGAAGACUUCCAAACUUAUCUGAACAACCUGAAAAGCACUCAUCAAUUAGAAUAUAACGAUACAGCAGAAGGAGAAAAACUAAAUAUUGGCGAUGAAGAAUUCCAAAGAAAAGCGACUAAAAAAUGGAAUGAGCACAAAAACGAUUGUUACUUAGUGGAAGUUUUGACAGGACUUCAGGCGUCUAUACAAAGCAUUUGCGAAAAUAUUGUUCUGUUAGACAGAGUGGAAUUUUUAAAGGAAAAGGGUUUUGAGUGCAGUGUUCAGAAAGUGACUGACGACGUUAUUUCACCUAGAUGUUAUGCUCUAGUUGCUUUUAAAGCAUGAAUUCGUUUCCACAUCUGAUAAUCUGUUAAAUGGUAAUGGCUAAAACAGAAUUCGACUACAAUGAUAAGCUAUCCUUUCUGGGGGAAUGGUUCGAUUAUCAAUCAUAUUAUCAUAAAAAAU